AUGAAUGAUGCUUGCAUAAUGUUGAAGGAAAUGAAGUCUUCCGGACUGGCGAAUACCACGACAUACAACAUAGUGAUCAAUGUCUACUCCAAAGAUGGAAACACCAAAAAGGCUGCUAUGUUGUUUCAGGAUAUGGUGGAGUCUGAUACAAUGACGUACACAUCGCUAUUGAGGGUCACUAAUGGACGAUUGGAUAAAGCGCUUCUUCUCUUUGGCAAGCUUCCUUCUCAUAAACUAGCGGCCAACACAAUCACUUAUAAUACCAUCAUACAUGGACUCUGCAGCACAAACAGAUUUGUGGAUGCUCUGACACUCGUCGAUGAAAUGAGAGAGAAAGGAGUACUCCCUAAUAGGGUUACGUACAACGUCAUUGUGCGAAGUCUGUUGAGGAGAAAGAAGUUGAUCAUGUUGGUACCCGUUCUCGAAAGAUAUACACCAGAGAGCAAUCCAGCUGGACACUUCUACUUUGUCGAUGCUAGAUCAAUUGGGAGGAGGAUUGGGAGGAAUAAGAUAUGA